GGACAACUUUAUGGCUGAGCUGUUGUAGUGAACUGUAACAGACUGUACAGGUGUUCCCACUAAAGCAGCCACUGAGUGUAUAUAAUAAUGUUAAUGCCUCGAACACGGCGAGCAGCAGGGGGAAUAAACGCUGCCUUACAGACUACCAGGAGCUGUGUAAUAUGGCCCUUAUGGACUGAAUCCAGUCAGACAGUAAACAGUUACAUCACUCUCUCCACAAUGAGUCAGAUCCACUCUGCUCAUUUUUACUGCUUUCUAAAUUUAUUCUCCUAUAGUUUUUGCAGUAAUAUUGUCAGGAUCUCUGUGAUACAUGAUUCAGUCAGUGGUUAAUAAUGUCACAUGGUAUCUUCUUGUUUCGUACUUUGUUUCUGCAGCAUGUAUCACAACUUUAUUGACAUUAAUAUCCUGUAAUUAAUGUUGCUCUGCUAUAAUGUGUAUCUGGUGGGCUGUGGAAGAAUAACAGACAAUUCCAAUUAAUCUCUAUUUUUUUUAUUUGAGGGAUCUGAUAUGGAUUCUUAAAAUCCUGAGGUUGAUGUUUGCAUUUGUGCCUUUUCUCAGUGAACGUGUGCAUCUGUGCUGAAUGUUGUGUGUGUGCAGUGGUUACCUACUCAGGGCUGCAUGUGUAGUUGUUAAAACAAAAAGUACAAAAAGUUUAUUUCACAUUAAAAAGUAAACCAGACAUUAGCUGCUGUAUGAGCCGCUUCGAGUCCUGUAAACUGUGGUGACUCGGGACGGUUCACUGACUCCAGUGAACUCUACACGUCGGUCUUAUCUGUUUGUGUUUGUUGGACAGAUUUUAUCUCUGGUUACGAGACGUGAACAGUGUGUGGAUUCUGCUUCCUUCAGUCCAGACCAGCUGUAACACCUGUCUGCAGAGAUCAGGCUGAGGUGUUGUGCAGAUGAAUCAGUGAGCAGACGUUCAUUUUCUGUGCUGUGCUGAAGCCUCUGCUACUGACUGGGACAGUAUUUAUUUUCUAAUACAUCCUGAAUGAUAUAUUGUAAGUGAUGCAGGUGUUUUAUUAUUUUUUCUCAACUGCUCAGGCCUUAAAAAUAUAGCCGUGUCACGUUUUCAUUGUUUUGUUUUUGCUGAAGAAAAAUCCUCCUUGGUCCACUGUUUUAAAUCUGGGAAAUGUAUUUAUAAUUCAGUUGGUAACGAGCACUUUACACAAUCUCAGCUCAUUUGUUGAUCCCAGGAGGAGCAACUUAUGCAACACUGGUUUUUAUCUUUAGUGAUUCAUCAAGAAUCAGAUCAAUUCUGGACUUUGUGAAUCAAAAUCUAAUCUAGCUGGUAGGUCAGUGCUGAUAUUCAGCCAUGAUGCUAAAACCUAAACAUUUACAAAACCAGGAAAUAUUCACACUUGAGAAGCUGUAAUUAAACAAUCAUCAGUUAUGAAGAUAGUUGCAUUGCACUCUUCACUUCUCUGUGGGUUCAUAAAUUAGAGAACAAGUAAGUUGGUUCUAGUUUCUACAGUUAACUGACAGGAUGCUGUAAAUCUGUUUAAAAAAAAAAAAGAAGAAAAAAAGGAUCUACUUCCUGUCAGUCAGUUCACUAAUUUACCUGGAUGGUUAAACUGGACUGUCGGGGGAAUUCAGGAAGUGGUAACAACAUACUUAACUGAUGUUUCAUGUGGGGAAUUCCUAACAGAGGCCUCACUGUCACAGACGUACAACGAAUCAAAACCAAAUCCUCGUGUGUCACAGUGAAACUGUGAGUAUGAGAUUCAGCAGCCACUCACAAAGUCACUGUCCAUCACUUACACUUUAUUCAACUAUUUCCAUUUUAUGCUCUGUUGUACUUCUACCUCGCUACAUAUCAGAGGAUGAUAAUGUGUUUUUUACUCUGUUACAUUCAUCUGCUGGCUGUAGUUACUUCAGAUUACGGUUUUACAAAGAUGGAACCAGGGAACCCUUCACAAAAAGCACCAUGCAGCUGUGGCCUGUUAUCACGUUUCAGAUAUUUGUGAAUUGUUAGCGGAGAGAGGUUUCCAAGAAAGUGAAAGUGAAAACAGGUUGGCCUGAAACAGACCUCAUCAUGAACUACUUCAAGAAACACAAGCUGAAGCUUUCGGGAAGACCCCUGACUGAAAAUGUGUGGGAACUGAAGGGGAUUAAGGGCCCUUUGUUUUAGCCCAGCAUGGACAGCUUCUUCAAGGCAGCUGUAUGUGAUCUAGAUAAACUGCUUGAUGACUUUGAGCUCAACACUGAGGAGCUUGAUUGCAAAUCUGUUUUCCUGAAGCCUCCUGCGUACCCCUUCUCCUCGCUGGGCUCUCAGUGUUUAUCCUCAGAGGCGUCCACUGUCCCGCCGAGCCUCCCCGACCUUAAUUCUCUUCAUUAUGGUUCUGCCACCAGCUCCAGCGGUCACCACAACCGCAGCACGGAUGACAGAGAGGUCAAAGGUCAGCCUCUCACCGGGGUGGACCUUCUCUCCUCUGUGGAUCGUCGGCCGGCUAAGAGCUCUGCCCCUCCCUGCCCCGAUCGGGCUCUGAAGCCGGUGUGCGACCUCGUGAACGACACCAGCUCGGCCAUCCUGGUCAGGGCCAACAGCCACGAUGCGUUCAGCGAGCUGGACGCGGUGGAAAAGCAGAUGGAGGAGGAGGAGGAGGAGGAGGCUCUGCUUGUGGACUUUGACAGCCCUGUGGUCACGGAGGAGCAAAACGCUGGCUCUAGAGACGCCAAGGAGGAGCAAGCCUCCGCAGGGAAAGACGAACUGCUCAGUCUUGACUCCCAUGAGCAGAGUGGUGGAUACUCUGCCUCACUCAGUCUGCUGGACGUCAUUCUUCCUGCAGCAGUGGAGAGAGGCUGUGAGUCUGCAGAUGAUUCACCGUCACAGAGGACGGCUGAGUCAGCUGACAGAGAGGAGAGGGACUGUGAGGAGGUGGCUUGUACAAACCAAGUGGUGGAUAACUCUUUAGACCACUGUGAACCAGAGGGCUCCCUGCCUGCUGAGAGCAUUAAAGACACAACAACAACCACCUCAGUGCAUAAAGAGGACGAGUCAGAAGAAGCCUCAGAUAAAGGUGAGGCAGAGUCUCCUGCAGGUCUGACAUCUGGGGCUACAGACAGUGAACCGGUGGGUUUGUCCUGCCUGCCCAUAGCUGUGUCCAUGUGUGGAGCUCUGGUGAAACCAAAGACCACAGAGGGUGAGUCAGGACAAGCUGCAGAGCAAUGUGAGGAGGCAGAUGUGUCUGAGAGCACAGAGGCCGACUCCCUGUCAGCGCUGGAGGCCAAGGAGGAUCAGUCCUGUUUGAAGGAACCUGUUUCCUCGUCAGUGUCGGUGUCCGAGCAGAUCGCAGAGGGCAGGCAGUCGCCAGAGGGGCAGCAGGUCUCUGCUGAACCUGCUGCUGCUGCCCCCUCUGUGGACCACACCUCCUCUGAUCACCCAGAACCCAGUCCGGUUGAUCCUCCUGAGUUUGGCUUUGAGUAUCUGCCGGAGAGCGACCAGGCCGAGCUGCUGGUCACUGACGAGGAGUUAGAUGCGUUCCUGCAGGCGCACACUGAAGCAGAGCAGGGCAGAAACGCCUCUUACUGCAGCACCUCCAGAGACUCGACACAACCUGAGAGUCUCUCACAACCAAACGGGGAUCUAGAGGACAGGCUCGUAGAAGAGGAACUGAGAAGCUGCGGUCGAGCCAGACGGGAGGAGCUAGAGGGUCUGGCUUCUCCAGAGAGUGACAGAACAAUGUGUGUGUCUGUGGAGGGAAGUUUUAACCCCGGUGCUCCGUCACAGUCACAGGACUCUUGCAGACCUUGCCAAGAAGAGCCAGAACUCUCCUCCUCCGGUGCGAGCCAUUCUUUGACCAGCAACACUUUCCAGCCCCAGCACAGCGGUAGCCCAGAUCAGCAGCCCUCCUAUGGAGGAGCGAGACCUAAACAGCUUCACUGCCAAACUGCAAGAUCUCCACCAGCAGGGGAAGACGAAGAAGAAGGGGAGCAGCCUCAGACACUCAGCGGGUUUUCAAAAGGGCCCAAUGCAGCAGAGGAUGAAGAGAGUUCACCCAUAAGCCCGAGUCUUACAGAGGAGCAUUCCAACAUUAGGGAUUCAAGCCCUAUAUACGCCACUCAGGAGCAUCAGGAUUACAGUGUGGGGUAUGAUGAACUCUCAGAGCCCCCACCUUACCCCGGGGAGCCACCCACAGAUGGUGCCAGGUCAGUGAACUGGAAGAGAGAGGGAGUGGAGGAGCUGGGGAGCAGGCAGCCCGCCUGGGUGCCAGACUCUGAAGCCCCCAACUGUAUGAACUGUUACCAGAGGUUCACCUUUACCAAGAGGAGGCAUCACUGUCGUGCAUGUGGGAAGGUUUACUGCGCUGUGUGCUGCAACAGGAAGUGUAAGCUCAAGUACCUGGAGAAGGAGGCUCGUGUGUGUGUCGUCUGCUUCGACAGCAUACACCGAGCCCAGGCCCUGGAGCGGAUGAUGAGUCCUACGGGUCCCAGUCCAAACCCCAACGUCCCAUCUGAGUACUGCAGCACCAUCCCCCCUUUGCAGCAGGCUCGUGCCGCCGGCACUCUAAACUCACCUCCACCCACCGUCAUGGUGCCUGUGUCCGUUCUCAAACACCCAAACAACGACAGUUGUCCUCGUGAACAGAAGCGCGUGUGGUUUGCUGAUGGCAUCUUGCCCAACGGAGAGGUGGCAGACACGACCAAGCUGUCGGUGACGAGCCGCAGGAGCUCCCAGGAGUUCAGCGGCGUCAGCCCGGACCAAACAACACCCGGCCCUGCGGCGCCAGAGGUUGGAGUCGGUGGCCCCUCCACCCCCGAAGCCUCCGGAGCUGUAGAGGUGGUCCGACCUCCGGUUUCUGGACCCUGGGAUUACGCCCUGCUCUCUGGGAUCAGUUCCUCAGUUAAGAGGGUUCCCAGUCUGCUGCCAGACAACGAGGACGAGCUCCCUCCUCUGCUCAUCACCACUGGUGAGGACGACGGAGGAGACGUAUUAGUUGAGGAAAGUCCCGCCCCGUGUCAGAUCCUUCACUUGUUGGAGGAAGGAGGACCUCGACCUCUGACAUUUGUCCUGAACGCCAACCUGCUCAUCAACGUCAAACUGGUCACAUACUCCGCUCGGCAGUGCUGGUGUUUUGGUUCGAAUGGUCUUCAGGCGCUGGGGCAGAGAGAGCUGGUGUUUUUGUUGGAGUGUUUGCCAGAGGAAAAAACUCUCCCCAAAGACCUCUUCACGCUCUAUCUCACCAUUUAUCAAGAUGCCCUGAAAGGGAAGUUUUUGGAGGAGCUGGAUAACGUGACGUUCACGAGCAGUUUCCUGGGCAGUAAGGAUCACGCUGGGAUGCUCUUCUUCUCUCCCACCUGUCAGCCUCUAGAUGGCCUCACUCUCCCCCCGCAGCCUUUCCUGUUUGGCCUGCUCAUCCAGAAGCUGGAGGUGCCCUGGGCCAAAGUCUUUCCACUCAGGCUGCUUCUGCGGCUUGGAGCUGAAUACAGCGUGUAUCCCACUACACUGACCAGUGUCCGUUUUCGGGACUCCGUGUAUCGAGAGACAGGACACACCAUUAUGAAUUUACUGGCUGAUCUGAGGAACUACCAGUACAGUCUGUCAGUUGUGGAGGGCCUGAGGAUCCACAUGGAGAUGGGCCACAGUUACAUCGACAUUCCCAAAAGUAGCUUCAAUGAGAUGCAGAAGGUGGUGAAUUCGUCCAACGAGCACGUCAUCAGUAUCGGAGCGAGCUUCAGCUCGGAGGCCGACUCUCACCUGGUGUGUCUGCAGAACGAGGAGGGAAACUAUCAGACCCAGGCUAACAGCAUGCCUGGGAAGACCCGCACAGUGACUGGAGCCAGUUUUGUCGUGUUCAACGGGGCCCUGAAAGCCUCCUCAGGCUUCAUUGCAAAGUCCAGCAUUGUUGAAGAUGGGUUGAUGAUUCAAAUCCCCCCGGAGACCAUGGAGUCUCUGCGCUCUGCCCUGAGGGAGCAGACAGACUUCCACAUACCCUGCGGCAGGAACGACGGAGCGGAGCUCCGAGAAAACGUCACUGUCCGCUGGGUUGACUGGAGUUCACCUGUCAACGCAGGUAGAACCAGCGGGGUUGAUGGGAGGCCUCUGGAUGGAGUGCGCAGUGUGAGGAUGCAGCAGGACGCAGAGUUCGAGUCAGAUGGCCGCGCCAUCAGGUGCACGGAGGUGUUCUACCAGCUGAAGAGUCCUGACUGCAGCCUCGCGUCAGUGCUGUCGUCCUGCAGCGUGUUUCAGAAGGAGAUGGCUUUGGCCGCCUGCAGCGCUCUGACUCCUCACCUGGCCGUUCUCACCUCCAGCGGCAUCAACUCCAUCUCUCUCCGCAUCUCCACACAGGCUGACAUGGUGGAGUACCAGGCUGGCUCUGGAGGCAGGCUCCUCCCUCAGCGCUACAUGAACGAGCUGGACAGCGCCCUGAUCCCCGUCAUCCACGGAGGUAGCGCCAGCGUACCACAGACUGCCAUGGACGUGGAGUUCACCUUCUACGUCACACACACUAUCUAAUGCACACGCAGACUAACGCCACGCCCAAAAGUAUCGAAAACAAAACCCACUUAACAGAAGGUGGUUGAGCACAGAAAGCGAGGCUGUUGAUUGUGGCGGGACGCAGCAGCCUGGACCUGCAGCCGGUCACAGGGGGCGCUGUGGCGCAACGUUCCCGCUCUGAGGUUGGGGGGCUGUUUCUGUUGAGGAAACGGUGUGUGUUUGUGCGUUUCGUGCUCACCAAAGCUGCUUUAAUACAAGAAGCCAAACACUAAACAAGGAAUACGACAACACGACCAAAUGCAACCAAACUAUUCAAACCGUUUUCCUCGGCUCUGCCUUCCAGGCUCCCCGCUGGCCUCCAUCAGCUCGGAGCAUCUCAGUGAAUGUUUCCCACAGACACUCUUAUGGAAAUAUCUCUCAUGUGGAUGUAUUUAUUAUAUUUUAAUAUGGGCUUAUUGAAUGAAAUGAUGGGACAUUACUGACUGCAGUAUUCAGUACCCGACAGGUGAUCAUCAGGUGCUACUGUACAGCCACUUCACAUCUGUAGCUGGCCCCCGUUCUAAAACAAACAAACAAAAAAAAGGUGCAUCGCAGGGAUGAAAAGAAAUUACAUCUCAUGAAGCUACUGUGCUCUCAUUUCACACGCUGGGUCAUGACGAUGCACAGGGAAACACUGGGCCUCAUGCAAGAACUCAGAGUCACCAAACUCUGGACAGAGCAGUGAUUUUACUCUGUCUGUAUAACAGGAUGUUCCCCUGCACAGAGGCCUGAACUGUGGAACAUCCCAAACCAAAACAUGUCCUUAAAUUAGAAAGAAAUACAGUCAGACUUGUUAAACCUCUGUUAUUUGGCAGCCAUGAUGCCACAGCAAAUUCAAUUGGUACAGUUGGUUCUUGCGUGAGGCCCAGUGUGUCAGUAACAGGCUUUGAGUUCAGAUGUAGCCGCCUGGAGGAGCACUCAGCCAAUAGGAGCUUCCACUUUAUCCACAGAUUAUUUGCUGAAGACUGGAUGUGACUGGUUUAUUCAGGAGUUUCAGUCAUUACGAGGUUUUGGAGGACAGAGUUAACAUCCUGUCCUGGAUCAAACUUUAAAUGAUUUAAAGCUAAAGCUCAGCUUUUCUGUCUCUUUCAUGACCUUUGUUCUCUGCCAGGAUGCAUCUGUUAAACUCAGCAGCGUCAGUAUUUCCCAGUUCGAGCUCAAAUACCAAUGAUUUUCUUUACUUCAGGAGAUUUGUCGUGUCCUCUUCAGUGUUUCAGUCUCUGUGAAAUGAUUGAUUUUGCACAGCUGAUGUGAUCUUUACAUCACAUUUUAUGACUCCUCAAGCUUUUUGCAAAUCAUCUGUUUUUUUAAAAUUUAAAUAUUUAGAAAUGAUAUAAAUGUACAGACUUUUAAUUGAAGCUACUCUCGUUUCUGUCGCAGUCAAUAUGAAGCUACAACCAGCAGGUGUGUUAGCUUAGCUUAGCAUAAAGACUUGAAGCGGGGAAGCAGCUAGCCUGGCUAUGUCUAAAGGUAACAAAAGAAAUAUAAUCAAACAAAACACAAACUGUCAUUUUUACACUAAACAAUCAAAGAUAUGACGUGCAGUCAGGCUAGUGGUUUCCCCUUGUUUCCAGUCUUUAUGCUAAGCUAAGCUAACCAUAUCUUGGCUGUAGCUUCAUAUUUGGGUCACAGACAUGAGAGCUGUAUUGAUCUGGAGCAGGAACUUCCUACUCAUCAAGUGUUUCAGCGAGCAGAGAAAAGCAUCAAACUGGUUUCAUGUUUUAGAUUCAUUCAUUAUAUCUUCACAGCAGCUUUUAAAGCACUUUAGAACCAUUAAAACAGGCUUUUCAGUGUGCGGGUGUACAGUCAGUGUCAUGUGCAGCCCUUCUCUCUUCACCAGCUUCUCAUCUUUUCCACAGAAAUUUAAAACCCGAUCAGAACUGCCAGUCGAGUGCUGUGGAGCCAGGAGGAUCCUGUGGUUAAUAAAUUCUCUUAAACAGUCCGAAUAUAAGAACGCAGAGUUUAAAAAAAAAAGAAAAGCAACCAGGUUAGCAUGGUCUCCGUUUUCACAUCUCGUCCCAGUGUCUCACUUUUCAGUCAGGAAUUUUUCAGUCAGCUUUGUCCCAGUAUAUAUAUAUAUAAAAUAUAAUGUAUGCAUAGAGAUUGUAUGAAAGGUUUCAUUUUGUUUUGUUUUUUUAAUAUUGAAGAGUUAUUUUUGGAAUCAUUGGUAUAAAAGUUUUAAAAAGACGGAAUAUUUUUGAUAGGAUGUAGGCCACAUUCAUUUUGCAGAUUGUGUAGCAAGUUCCUUGAGCUGAGAAGAAAAAAAAAGAUCUAAUACUAAUAUUAAAAAUGAAUAUUGUUUUGUCAUAAAGUGGAAAAUAUCUAACCCCCAAAUGCAACAGGAAGGAAGUGCUUCAGUUUGAGACGAAUGUGUAGGUAAAGAAAAAAAAGCUUUACACCAGCCAUCAGCUUUGACCUGUUCUACUGUUCUUUUUAUUUAACGCUCACAGGUGAAAUAUUUGAUGUUUAGUGGCUGCUGCUCUUUAAAAUAAUCCACAGAAAGAUGUAUUAUUUUCACUUUUUCAUCAGAUAACACAAGCUAACCCAGGAGGAGCUGCAAACCUCCAUGUUUAGUUGUUAAAUGACUAAUUAAAAUACAAUUACAUUAUAGGUGGUUUGAUUAAAGCGGCAUAAUGUAACUUUGCUGAGCAGCAGCGCCCCCUGCAGCCUAAUUUAUUCUGCCGGGCUCAAAGCCUAUCAAUCCCCUGUUUAUUACCCAUGAUCCCCGGCGUCAGGAGCAGGAAGUGCUCUCACACCAAACUCUGUUUCUAACUUUGAUGUUUCUGUCAGUUUCCUGGAUACCAGAGACGAACGCUGGUGUUUAAUGACUUUUUAAAGUCUUUUUAACUGAUCUGCAGUUCAGCAUCAGUCUGAACUCUCUGGGUCUGAUUCCAGCUGUUUGAGCUGCUGAUUAUCAGUCAAUCAGAGGGAGAUCGAACCUGAAGAACCAGAGUUACACAGAGAAACAGCAGAGUUACAACUAUUACAACUCAGUGUCCCAUCACAGUGAUCCUGAAGCUGAGAUUUUAAAGUAAAAAGUUACAUUAUGUUGCUUUAAGAGGCAGAAAACUGUGUUCAGAUCAGCAGGUUUGGACACUGCUGAUAAACCUUAAGCUGAUAAAAGUUUUAAUUUCAUCCCAGAGAAAAUGCUGAGCUGUUGAGCCGCCACAUAAUAAGAUAUGUGUUUAGUAAACACUACAAAGGUCAACCGUCAUAACUGACUUCUGUUUUGAGUCCAGACCUGAACUUACAUGAUUAAUGGCCUCUAACGUAGAUCUUCAUUACCCCCACCUUCACUUUAAUCAUUAAACCUUAAAUCGUCUCUAAUGGUUACAUGAAUUUCUCAUUAAUGUAGGUGUUUUUUUGAGGAGUCUGAGUGACGACCGAGGCCUGUUUGAAGGAGAAACUCUCGAGUUUUGAUGCAAAUUUUGGUGAAAUUGAACCCGUCUCACCUCCUGCGUUGAUGGUUUCUGAACAGCUGAUUGAUCUUGACAAAGUUCACAUCGCUUUGUUUUCAUUAUCUUAACUUUGGAGCAUUUGGAAACAGGAUGAUUAAGUUUAGGAAAAUGUUCCUUUAGGGUUGAUUUAUUAUUUUUGCCUUUCAUAUUCUCGAUCAGGGCAGUGAUAUUUUGGAAGGUAAAUUCUUAUUUUCUCUCUCGGGUGAUUAAAACUUUCCACUAUGUCAAAAUGAGAAGUACUUUUAUGCUUUCUGAUUGUUUUUGAAGUGUUGUUAUGUGUAAAUCAUCUAUUUAUUCAUAAGCACCAGCUUUAUUUUGGUGAACCUGGUAUCUGGGUCCUAAUCAGUUUCUGAAUAGCUUGUGUAUUUAAAGAAUAAAAUGAGUUUUAUGAAAAA